UGGCGGCGCAGCGGUAGCUGUCUCCGGUUUGUGGCCUCCAAGGAUCCCAGACGGUUUUUGCUUUCGGGCCGUGCGGGUGGCAAAGCUUGGGUGAACCCUGCGUCCACAUUAGGCACUCAAUUAGGACUGGUCCUGUUGCAGUCUCGGUGGGCUCCGGGGAGUGGUAGUGAUCUCGUUGCAGGUGCCUUGCGCCGGUGGUGCUUGCCGGAGGAAGAGGGAAAGCGACCAUCCUCCGCCGUCUUCUGGGUCUGCAGCUUUGCAGUUCAUGGACCUCUGCGGGCUCUGGAGGAGUUGUACGUCUAAGGGAGCUUCAAGAGUUCAAGUUCUCUAGUGUGAGAGGCCGCCUAGGAUCCCUGGGGCCGCGAACAAGUCCUCAAGGACUUCGCUUCCUCCUUAAUAGGACUCGCUUUGCUGUAUCGAUUGACCCUGCGUUCUUUCCCAUUUCCUCUCAAUGUUCUCUCUGUAUAUCAGGAAAUAUGAUCAGCGCCCCUGACGUGGUAGCCUUCACCAAAGAAGAUGAAUACGAGGAAGAGCCUUACAACGAACCGUCCCUGCCUGAGGAGUACUCAGUGCCGCUCUUCCCUUUCGCCAACCAGGGAGCCAACCCGUGGUCUAAGCUGUCCGGGGCCAAGUUCUCAAGGGACUUCAUCCUUAUUUCAGAGUUCUCUGAGCAGGUGGGACCCCAACCCUUGCUGACCAUUCCCAAUGACACCAAAGUUUUUGGUACUUUUGAUCUCAAUUACUUCUCUCUGCGUAUCAUGUCUGUGGAUUACCAGGCUUCCUUUGUGGGCCAUCCUCCUGGUUCUGCCUACCCCAAGCUAAACUUUGUGGAGGACUCCAAAGUAGUGCUGGGAGACUCCAAGGAAGGAGCGUUUGCAUAUGUGCAUCACCUCACCCUGUAUGAUCUAGAAGCCCGAGGCUUUGUGAGGCCCUUCUGCAUGGCAUAUAUCUCAGCAGACCAGCAUAAAAUCAUGCAGCAGUUCCAGGAGCUUUCAGCUGAAUUUUCUAAAGCCUCUGAGUGUUUGAAAUCAGGCAACAGGAAGGCAUUUGCUGGGGAACUUGAAAAAAAGCUGAAAGACUUGGAUUAUACUAGGACAGUCCUGCACACAGAAACAGAGAUCCAGAAGAAAGCCAAUGAUAAAGGUUUUUACUCAUCUCAGGCAAUUGAAAAAGCUAAUGAACUGGCUAGUGUAGAGAAGUCCAUUAUUGAACAUCAAGACCUGCUGAAGCAGAUCCGAUCAUAUCCUCAUAGGAAGGUGAAGGGGUCUGAUUUGUGUCCUGGUGAGAUGGAGCAUACCCAGGGUCAGGCUGACCAUGCAUCCACUACCUCUAACCCAGAUGAGUCUGCUGACUCAGACAUUUACACCUGCAGACCAGCCUAUACCCCAAAACUCAUUAAAGCAAAGUCUACCAAGUGUUUUGACAAGAAGUUGAAGACAUUGGAGGAGCUCUGUGACACUGAGUAUUUCACCCAAACCCUAGCCCAGCUCGGCCACAUUGAACGCAUGUUCAGAGGAGACCUGUGCUACCUCCUGACCAGUCAGAUUGACCGAACACUUCUAAAACAACAACAUAUAACAAACUUCCUCUUUGAAGACUUUGUGGAUGCUGAUGACAGGAUGGUGGAGAAACAAGAGAGUGUACCAUCUCAGCUCAGUCAAGACAGGCUACCUUCCAGGUCUCUGGAAGAAUGCCUGAUCCCUAAAGUGUUAAUUAGUGUUGGUUCCUACAAGUCCAGUGUGGAGUCUGUGUUGAUCAAGAUGGACCAGGAACUUGGAGAUGAGGAGUACAAAGAAGUAGAGGUGACAGAAUCAAACAGUUUUGACCCCCAAGAAAACCUGGACUACCUGGAUAUGGACAUGAAAGGGAGCAUCAGCAGUGGUGAAAGCAUUGAAGUUCUGGGCACUGAGAAGUCUACUGCUCUGCUGGCAAAGUCUGACAGCCAGGCAAGCCUUACGGUGCCAUUAAGUCCCCAGGUGGUCCGAAGCAAAGCAGUCAGCCACAGGACCAUCAGUGAGGACAGUAUUGAAGUCUUGAGCACCUGUCCUUCUGAGGCCCUCAUCCCUGAUGACUUUAAGGCCAGCUAUCCAAGUGCCAUUAAUGAGGAAGAAUCAUAUGCAGAUGAGGGGGCCAUCCACUUUAGUGCAAGCAUCAAUCCACUGGAGCUAAGUGAGGCCCAGGAGGGUGGUUUGGAAAACACCCCGCCUCAGAUAGAUUCCUCCUGCUGUAUUGGAAAGGAGAGCAAUGGUCAACUGGUACCACUCCCCAUCCCUGCCCACACUCUCUCUGAUGAGGAUGGUGUAGUGAGCAUUCCCCCACAGCGCUACAGGCAGAAGGACCAGCACUUCCAUGUGGACUUUGCAGUGGAAAACACCAAUCCUUCACAAGACAACAGUUGUGAGACAUUCCCAGCUUAUGAAUUGGAUCCAAACCACCUGCUGGCUAGCCGGGAUGUCAGUAAGACUAGUCUGGAUAACUAUUCUGACACCAGCUAUGUGAGCAGUGUAGCCUCCACUAGCUCAGACAGGACCCCCUCCUCUGCUUACCCAGUCAGCUUGUCUUCCGAGAGGCAUAAAAAGAGGGCUGGCCAGAAUGCCUUAAGAUUCAUCCGCCAGUACCCCUUUGCCCACCCAGCUAUCUACUCCCUACUCAGUGGGAGGACCCUCGUGGUUCUAGGAGAAGAUGAAACCAUAGUCAGGAAGCUUGUGACAGCAUUGUCCAUUUUUGUUCCCAACUAUGGCCACUAUGCCAAACCUGUGAAGCACUGGGUGUCCUCUCCUUUGCACAUUAUGGAUUUUCAGAAGUGGAAGCUUAUUGGCCUGCAGAGAGUGGCCUCUCCUGGCAGUGCAGGCACACUUCAUGCCUUGAGCCGCUACAGCCGCUACACGAGCAUCUUGGACCUGGACAACAAAACCCUACGCUGUCCCCUGUACAGGGGUACACUGGUGCCCCGCCUGGCAGACCACCGCACUCAGAUCAAGCGGGGUGGCACCUAUUACCUGCAUGUGCAGAGCAUGCUCACCCAGCUCUGCUCCAAGGCCUUCCUCUACACUUUCUGCCACCACCUGCACCUGCCAGCCCAUGACAGGGAGACAGAGGAUGUAGUGGCUAGCCGACAGCUGAGCUUCCUGAAGCUGAACCUGGGUCUAGUGAAUGAGGACAUCAGGGUGGUCCAGUACCUGGCUGAGCUGCUGAAGCUGCAUUAUAUGCACGAAUCUCCUGGGACCAGCAACCCCAUGCUCAGGUUUGACUAUGUACCCAGCUUUUUGUACAAAAUCUGAGGUUGGUCCCAGCCACUGUGUCUAAGACCUGUGACUCAGGGUACAGUGAAGGGAGGGCUUGGCAUGAUCAAAAGGUCACCUGAGCUGGACUGUUGUGGUUUCUGAUCUCAUCGGUGGGAAACAGCUGAGAGUCCAGUUUUCUGAAAGUGUCUGGAAGUACAGUAAGUUUCCUUUGGCUUUUUUUGUUAAAGAAUGGCCUGAGGACCAGCAGCCCAAGCAGGAAGAAAAAAACCUCAGUCCUUGGGCUGGGAAGAGGUAAGAGGUGGAGCAGCUAUAGACAAAGCACACUGGCCACAUUCAGCAUCACCGGAUACUUGAGUGGCAAGAAUCACCCAGGGAAGCAGCCUAUUAACUGAUGAUUUGGAAGAAAACAAUGGCAAAACAUAUAUUGCCUCAUUCAGACCCUCAUGUGUCCCUUCAUUUGGCCUCUUGAAGCCCAUCAUCCCAAAGGAGGCUCCUAAAUGAGAUAGAGGCAGAAGGCUCUGGCCAGCUGGGGAGUGGAAAACAUGCUUCUAGGCUCUAGGGCUGCAGAGAACGUGCGCGGCCCUUUCUGUCCGCACCUUCACAGGGAGGGAAGCACCUGGGAGAAUACUUGUAGUCAUCAUAGGCCCAGAGGGGAAAUAGGCACAGAUGGCCACAGUCAAUGUGAGGACUGUCCUGGAAACUGCAGAUGAAGCCAAACAUGGGGCCAGAAGGCUGUUUCCACUGUGCAGAUGACAAGCUGUCAGUUCUGGGACUACCCAUGGGCUCUCCCUAGCCAUAGUGCAUGUGCAUUGAUUGUCCCCUGAAAAGGUCAUAUCCUAGGACUUGGCAGAGGUCAUAACUCCAGUUGUCACCCACAGCAAACCUUUGCAACCACUUCACUACCUCUCAUGGAGUCUUAUGGGCUUGGUGGCAGUGGUGUUCUGCUUAGCUGUUUGGCUGGCAGGAACUGAGAUGGCAGGAAUUUCAUCAGAUAGCCUCCCAUGUGGCUCUGCCUCUUGGAGGCUAUGCUUACCUCUUCCCACAGCUCAUGACUGUCCCUAUACAAGUCCCUUUGCAAAGAUGGUAUUGUCCUUUGGCAUCUCCACCUUUCCCAUUGCUGGUGAUCAGCAUGGCUUCCCUAGGGCUCUCCACCAGCUGUCAUUGGUAUAUAGUAGCCAGGGUUUUUCACAACUUUGAAAAAUACCAUACUUUUUUUAAUGCUAUUUUUUCCUCAUAAGUAGGGACAACUCUUGGUAUUACUCCUUUUUAAUUUGUUCCAUGAAAACUAUGGUAAAUGAGACCUAAGUCAGUCCUGUGUGCAUCUGUCAGCCUUUGUGUCCUUUGUACUUGGGUCCUGCUGUUGUGGCUUAGUUUUCCUGUCAGCCUGUGCACAGCACUGAGGCCUCCUCACUGAUGGAACCAGCUUUGCUUCUGAGACUGCAGAGACUUGGUAGAAACCAGGUGAUGAAAGGCAGCUGGCAACACGUUACUCUUUCAGUCACUUUCCUUGCCCAGGUCCUUGGCACAAAGGUAUGGCCUAUUCAUCCAUUGGGUUCUGAUCAGGGUCCCUCUUUCUGUCAGAGUGUGAGAUUUUGAUGCUGAGGUUAUAACAGAAUUGUUUGAGGCAUGUUACUGCCUAUGUCUUACCAGUUCUAUGUCUCUUUGCCCAUUACACAUGUCCACAGACAGAAGUCAAAGGAUACUUCUGAUGGGAAUAUCCACUGUCUUUCUUUAUGGGCUCCUUAUCUGUUAGCACUUCCCCA